AUUACACACGCUCUAAAACCUUAGAUCUUAAAUAGAGAGGGAAAAAGACCGCACAGGAAAUAAUAAUUAAUGGAGUCAACAAGGUCAUCUCCAUCCAUGGAUCCGGUCUCAGAUCAUGAAGCAGCAAGAAGAGAGAUCCUCCGGGGCCGAGCACUGAUAUCACAGCUGAGAGCAACACUGGAGAGAUCGUCAAGCGACAGAGAUACAGUUGAUGUUCUCAUGGAAGAGAUCUCAAGUUCUUUAACCAGAGCCCUCGAUUCUUUGAACUGUAAUGAGACUAGAAAUCUUGAAGCAUCUCUUAACCCUAACCCUAGCCCUAGCCCUAACAUCAGCAAUCGAGGUCCAAGCGGUAGGAAUAGAGAUGAAUACGUGCAGCGGAUCAUUUGUACUAAACCUGAUGAAGAUGGUCAAGCAUGGAAUAAAUACGGGCAGAAAACUAUUGCUAGUUCUUCAUAUCCAAGGUCCGGUCAUGGAUUUGGCCCAUUGAUGAUUCAAAUAGUCCGGCCCAUGAGUUCAUUUGAAAUUGAAGAGCUGCAGUCCAUUCACAUGUCCGGCCAUGGUUCACAAUGA